AUGGGGGUGGGAUUUCGCCGCGCCCUCGCCGUCCUCUCUCUUCUCUUCGUCGUCUCCCUCACGCUCGUUCUCCACGAGGAGACGAGCGGUGGGCCCGUCGCCUUCGACCCCGCGAGGGUCACCCAGGUCUCGUGGAAGCCCAGGGUUUUCUUGUAUAAGAGGUUUCUUUCUGAUGAAGAGUGCGACCACCUGAUCAAGUUGGCAAAGAGUAAGCUGGCGAAAUCGAUGGUCGCGGAUAAUGAGUCGGGGAAGAGUGUGAUGAGCAAUGUUCGGACGAGCUCCGGCAUGUUCUUGAUGAAGCGUCAGGACGCAAUUGUCGCCAGAAUUGAGCAAAGAAUCGCUGCCUGGACCUUCCUGCCCGAAGAAAAUGCCGAGCCCAUUCAAGUGCUGCGGUACGGAAUCGGUCAGAACUCAUACUCUCUGUCGAUGGCGAGGCCGUUAGAGAUCAUCAGAGGUAAUCUGGGAGUGUUCGAGUCUAUUCCGCAAGGACAAGUUCCUUCAACGGGGCACUCGGGAUGCACCAGUGACUCCAACAGUAAGAACGGAUUUUGUCCGAAUCCGCCUCGCGUCGGAGAUGAUCUGGGUGUAGUGUUUGAGUCUCUUCAACAAGGACUAGUUCCGCCAAUGGGGCCCUCGGACUGCACCAGUAACCCCUCAAGUAAGGGUGGGUUUUGUCCGAACCCACCACGAGGUUAA